AUGGGCGAGGUCCUCAUUCAAGUCGUUCCCCAAAACGUGGCCACCAUUCAAAUUUCCUAUAAGAAUAAGGACGAUCUUUUCAAGCAAUACAAGAAAUGGAUUAAAAGCCUCAAUCUUCCCAGUAAUGAAGUCUACUGGUGCGAUAGCGAAGGCGAUCACACGGGUAUUCGCAACGCUGAUGAUCUCCUUGGGGCUGCACAUAAUUUCCUCUGCGUUAAACUCUUCACACCUCUGGAUGAAAAGUGUGACUCAGCAUCUUCCUCUGACUACAGUGAAAUUGAAUCGGAUCGCGGAAGAAGUCGAGAAAAGAAGAGAACGACAAAUAGUCGGUGA